AGUUCUGCAUGGACUCUAUAUAAAGGGGGCAUUACCAAGAAGCGAAAACCACACACAAGCACUUGAAAUUCUCGUGGCUAUCGCUAUGGCUACUAAACACUACAACUUUCUUCAGCUAUCAGGGAUGCUCGUCUUGUUCAUAAGCUUGUUGGCUCUCACUAGGCCAGCAAUGGGAACUGAUGAUGAUGAUGAUAAUAUUCCUGACGAUUUUAGCCGUAAAUAUUUUCCAGAUGACUUCAUUUUUGGAACGGCUACUUCUGCUUAUCAGAUCGAAGGUGAAGCAACCGCAAAGGGUAGAGCACCUAGUGUUUGGGACAUAUUUUCCAAGGAGACUCCAGAUAGAAUAUUAGAUGGCAGCAAUGGAGACGUUGCAGUUGAUUUCUAUAACCGCUACAUACAAGAUAUAAAAAACGUCAAAAAGAUGGGUUUUAAUGCAUUUAGAAUGUCCAUUUCAUGGUCUAGAGUUAUACCAUCCGGAAGGAGACGUGAAGGAGUGAACGAGGAAGGAAUUCAAUUCUACAAUGAUGUUAUCAAUGAAAUUAUAAGCAAUGGACUAGAGCCUUUUGUUACUAUUUUUCAUUGGGAUACUCCUCAAGCACUGCAGGACAAAUAUGGUGGCUUCUUAAGCCGUGAUAUUGUGUACGAUUAUCUCCAAUAUGCAGAUCUUCUCUUUGAAAGAUUCGGUGAUCGAGUGAAACGCUGGAUGACUUUUAAUGAACCAUCAGCAUAUGUUGGAUUUGCCCAUGAUGAUGGAGUUUUUGCCCCUGGUCGAUGCUCAUCUUGGGUGAAUCGCCAAUGCCUAGCUGGAGACUCAGCCACAGAACCUUAUAUAGUUGCCCAUAAUUUGCUUCUUUCUCAUGCUGCAGCUGUUCACCAAUAUAGAAAAUAUUAUCAGGGAACUCAAAAGGGCAAGAUUGGGAUUACCCUCUUUACCUUCUGGUAUGAACCUCUCUCCGACAGUAAAGUUGAUGUGCAAGCAGCCAAAACAGCCUUAGAUUUCAUGUUUGGAUUGUGGAUGGAUCCCAUGACUUAUGGACGAUAUCCAAGAACUAUGGUAGAUUUAGCCGGAGAUAAAUUGAUUGGAUUUACAGAUGAAGAAUCUCAAUUACUUAGGGGAUCAUAUGAUUUUGUUGGAUUACAAUACUACACUGCAUAUUAUGCAGAACCAAUUCCUCCAGUUGAUCCAAAAUUUCGUAGAUACAAAACUGAUAGUGGUGUUAAUGCGACUCCUUACGAUCUUAAUGGUAAUCUUAUUGGUCCACAGGCUUACUCGUCAUGGUUUUACAUUUUUCCAAAAGGUAUUCGACACUUUUUGAACUAUACCAAAGAUACAUAUAAUGAUCCAGUCAUUUACGUUACUGAGAAUGGGGUUGACAACUACAAUAAUGAAUCUCAACCAAUUGAAGAGGCACUUCAAGAUGAUUUCAGGAUUUCGUACUAUAAAAAGCAUAUGUGGAAUGCACUAGGAUCUCUCAAGAACUACGGUGUUAAACUCAAAGGUUAUUUUGCAUGGUCAUAUUUAGACAACUUCGAAUGGAAUAUUGGUUAUACAUCAAGAUUUGGGUUGUACUAUGUAGACUACAAAAAUAACCUAACAAGGUAUCCCAAGAAAUCGGCUCAUUGGUUCACAAAAUUCCUGAAUAUAUCGGUUAAUGCAAAUAAUAUCUAUGAGCUUACAUCAAAGGAUUCAAGGAAGGUUGGCAAAUUCUAUGUGAUGUAGAUUAUGUCUGGAUGUUUUGUGUGUAUCUCAUAAUUAAAUAAUAUCGUUGGGCAAUUAUGAAGCUCCAAUGAUCUAGCAUAUGUUGUAAUAAUAUUUUUAAAAUAUUAUAUCGUUAUCUUAUAUGUGGAAUAAAAAUUAUUGUCUUUUUAAUGUGUUUUAA